AUGAUGCUGAGGACCAUUAAUUUAACGUUCAAAAGGCCACUACAUUGUAGUGGUCGGCUGCUUUCAGACUUUGAGACGGUCCAUAUCCAGAACACCAACAAGUACAAGAAGCUGCUCAUGGAGCAGGGGAACUUCACGGAGGAGCAAUCAAAUGCGAUAGUGAAUUUGAUGUCAGAUGCAAUAAAGGGCGGGAUUGCUCAUGUGUCGCAAGAUUUGGCCAAAAGAGAGAGGUUGACCCAGUUGACGUAUCAGCAGAGGGUCGACUUCGCCAAGCUACGGGACCAGUUGCUGAUCGCAGACCGUAGCGAGUUCCACAACAUUCAGAAUGAGUACGAAAGAGUGCGGAAUGAUCUGGAUAAACUACGGAAUAAACUUAGAGAAGAGAUAACGAAGGCAAAUGCGGGAUUCAAGCUGGACCUGUCGCUGGAGAAGGGUCGAAUAAGAGAAGAAAGCAGCCACCACGACGUCCAGAUCAAGGAGAUCGACACCAGAAUUGACCAAGAGGUGAACAAUAUGAAGAUGCAGAUCGACUCGGUCAAGACUCAAGUCAUGCAAUGGCUUAUCGGUGUGUGCACCGGUACUUUUGCCCUGGUACUAGCUUAUGUGAGAUUAGUCUCGUGA